AUGGACGCCUCCUCCCUCCGCAUCUCCAAGUUCGAUGGAACUAACUUCCACGCCUGGAAGUUCAAGAUGCAGAUGGUGCUGGAGGAACGGGACCUAUGGGAGGUCGUCAGCGGUGAGAUCAAGGCGGAACAGUGCGAGACUCAGUUGGACCAAGCGACGUACAAGAGGAAGUCAAGAAAGGCGAUGGCAGUGAUCUGUCUAGCCAUGGAAGAUUCCCAGCUACCGUUGGUCCGGUCGGCAAGUGGUGCAUGCGACGCAUGGUCAAGGUUGGAAGACCACUUCGAGAAGAAGAGUCUUGCCAACAAGCUGUUCUUGCGCCGUCGCUUCUUCACGACAAUGAUGGAAGAAGGCGACGAUGUGCUCGAACACAUCAACAAGCUCAAGACGCUGGCGGAACAGCUAGAAGCGGUGGGGGCUCCAGUCUGCGAGGACGAUCUGGUGAUCACACUCCUCGGCUGCCUGAGUGACUCGUAUCAAUUCUUGAUCACAGCUUUGGAGUCGCGCUCAGACACUCUUAGCUGGGAGCUCGUGACGUCUCGACUGCUUCAUGAAGAAAUGAAGCGGAAGGAGCAAGGAAGUAAAGGUGAUGAAGCUUCGCAAGGUCAAGCGUUCAUCACAAGGGACAAUCAGCGCAAAGGGCGACCAGUGAAGAAGUCCUGGCUGAUGAACUUUAGACUUCUUGGUCCGAGUGCAAAACGCAAAGUGAAUAUAUAUUUAUAA